AUGCUAAAGGUGGAAUAUCAAGAUGAUGUUAGAGAACUUCCACUCUCGAUAGGAAAGCUACUAGGUUUAAAACAUCUAUCUCUACAUGGUUGCACUAAGCUUGGAAAUCUUCCAGAUUCCAUUGGAGAGUUGAGAUCACUCCUCUAUUUGGAUUUAUCUAGCACUAGUAUAACAGCAUUGCCAAAUUCCAUUGGAAAACUAGCAUCACUACUCAAAAUGGAUCUAUCUCAAUCACCUAUUACAGAAUUACCUGAUUCUAUUGGCAAUCUUAGACAGUUGAAGUUCAUGUGUUUGGAUCGCACUUGGAUAAGUGAGCUACCGGAGAACAUAUGGACUCUAGAGAAUCUUGAGGAGUUGAUUGCUAGAGAUUGUAGAAGUCUUGUAGAUGAAAUUCCAAGGGAAAUCAUGGGACUAUCCCAAUUAACGAUUCUUAACUUGUCCAGAAGCAAUAUUAGUAGACUACCAAUGACGAUUAACCAGCUCCCUAAUUUCCAAGAACUUGUUUUAUUCAAUUGUAACAGGCUUAAGAUGUUACCAGAUCUCCCAACAAGUUUAAUAAAGCUAGAGUUCUCCUCUUCAUCAUUGCAGGCACUCCCCGACCUCUCGAACCUCACUAAUUUACUUCAUCUGGACAUAACUGAUCAUGCUUUUGACUUUACGUUCUUAGAAGCUACACAAGGGCGGGUUCAAACUCCAAACCUAGAGUGGCUUGGAAGGCUGCAUGAAUUGCAGAUGUUGAGACUGGUUCUUUCCGAUUGCAACUUGCCUCCGACUGACUUGAGCUCCCUUUCUCAACUCCGAUCACUUGAAAUAACUUGUCCAGACCCACGGUCUCUGACACAGCUUCCGUCUAGUUUAAAAGACUUGAUUUUAGAAGACGUCAAGAUACCAAUAGAAUGGCCACUGCUCUCCAACUUGGGAAAUUUGAUUGAAUUAAAGCUCCUUGGUUGUCGGUUAACAGAGAUUGAGUUCGACAAUGUGCAUGGACAGCUAGAGAAACUCCGGCAUUUGCAAGUGCGCAACUGUGAGCGGCUUGUGAUGCUAUCCAAUCUAUCGAGCUUAAAGGAGCUCCGAGUGCUAAGUGUGGAGUAUUGCCGUCAGCUAGUUGAGAUCAAAUCCCAACCAUCCUCAACUGGAGAUUGUAGUUCCACAGAAAGAUUCAUUCCUCAUAUGCAGCAACUCCAAAAGCUACAGUCGUUGAGAGUUUAUUAUUGUGUAUCACUGCAAAUGUUGCCUGCUUUACCAAAUGCAUGCGAUGCCGAUGUUAUUGGAUGCCCGGGCUUACGAAUGGCCAAAUCUUGA